AUGUCACACAUUAUAGACACAAAACCACCCUUUAUGACCUCGCAUAAUGACAAACUCUUAAGUAAGCUUGAAGAAAGUGAACCCGAUCCACCCACUUCCCAAGAAGAUGAAUGUGUCAUCUGUAUUAAUGCACGUGCCACUAUGCAGACAUCGCCGUGCGGUCAUCGGGUGGUGUGUCGUCGCUGCUUUGUUAAGACCAUACAAAGUGCGGUGGCUCAAAGACUUCUCCCUCUUCGUUGUGUGAUAUGUAGGGCACGUGUUAAUCGUCUAACCUCCAGUUCGGGUACCUGGCGUAUACAGGAAUCGGCUAGUAGUUAUUCAAUGGGUGCCAAAAGUUGGGCCUCAGUGGGGGUAACUGCAGGAGGUGUUACCGCCUCGGCCAGUUCGUAUUCCAUGAAUGAUGCUCACAGUGGUCAUCAUGCAUUUCAUAUGCACAAUAGCGCCCGUUAUCCUCGCAGCCCCAAUGGCCGAGUGUCGCAAUCAGAUAGUUUGUAUUCAAUGAGCUCGACUGGCUCGUCGUCGGCGGCAUCGGUCUUCUCGAAAACGUCUUCCAUUUCAAGCGAUUUGUGUUCACCUGCCUCGCCCAUAUCACCCACACAAUGUUCGUAUAAUCAAAGCAGCAUGAUAUUAAAUAAUCACUUGGCUCCACCCACACCCAGCAUAUCACCACAUUCGCCUACCUCCACUUCUGGAUCGGGGACCUCACAGGGCUCCUUAUCGCCUAAGGAAGUGGGGCAUUCACAUUCACAUCACAGCGGCUGUCCUACAGGAUGUUCGGGUGCCAUACCACGCAAACCUUUGAAAUCUUUAAGUAAUUCCUCUUCCAGUGGUUCUUGCAGCAGUGCAGGCAGUAACUUUAACUCUUCUCCCUUUACGCCAUCUUCGACCCACACUUAUCCGGGUAGAAGACAUACAAAGGGUCGAAUAGUGGAUUUACAAAAUCGUUUACCGCCCAUUAAAGAAUUUCGCAGCCCUGCCAAAGUUCCACAUCCCUCGCCGGUUCACAUAAGCAAUCCAAGAUUUCGCUAUGCUUCCUAUACCAAACCCAGUCAUCAGGUUCAGGACACGCACUCAAACUCCAAGUCGAAUAGCAACAAGGAACCCUCAUCGCCGCCUAAAAGACCCAUGAACAUACACAUAAGUGCUUCCCACAAUGCAUUAGCACCGCCGCCACUAAAAGCUACGGGUCCCAAAAUAAGUCCCCUGGCCGCUAAACAUAAUAAAUCGGCCUAUACUGCUUUAUCUGCGGAUCGCAAAGAAAAAAAAUCCAAUACUGAUUCUAAUAAAAAUAAUAUUAAUUUAAAAUUAAGUCAAUCGAAAAUGUCGUCGUCUUCAACGAGCAACAAACUAUUAACGUCAUCAAUGAAAUCUUCCUCAUCAACGUCCUCCUCAAUGUCAGCAACAGCAUCGAAAUCAUCAACCUCAAAUGGAACAUCAUCAUCGUUAUCGUCGUCAUCAUCAUCGUCCACCACUCACCAGGCAACAACGGGCAAUUCAACUUUAACAACAUCAUUUACAACAAGUAAAAGUUUUCCAUUGUUUUGCAGCAACAAUAAUCACAGUAAGUGGAUUUUUUGUUUAAAGUUUUUUUCCCCAUUCAGUUUUGUUUUUCCCCAAUUGUUUUAUUGCUUACAUGAUAAGCAAAAAGGAGGGUGUAAUAGGUUUCAGCUAGCUUUUGUAACAUCUUUGGAAAAUGGGUUUAAAAUCAGUUCAAGUAUAAUUCUAGAGUUCUAG